AUGGCGGUCCGCCGCUCCGCGCGCCUGCGCAGUGCUAGCGCCCAGCCGUCUCCAGGCCCUGAGGCUCAAGAGUCAGUUCCUCAACCCGAUAUCAGAUACAGGCUCGCCUCUGUCGAAGAACGCGACGAGACUCCCGCCGAUGACCACUCCUCCAUCCGCACCCCAAUCACCAAGAAAAGUCUCCAGAGAACCCCAACCGCAACUUCACAUCGCAAAAUGACGGAUGCAAGAACUCCCACUUCCAACUCGGCGGUCCGUCCACCUCCCGAGGAAAUGCAUCCUAGCAAGGCACAGCAGAGCACGGCCAAAAAGGUCGACUCGGGAUUGAUCCUAGGCUUCAAUCCAAUUCAAAAGGAUGCCAACGGCAACAUUGUGAAGAAUUCCGUUAUCCAAGACACCCCGUCCAAGUCGAAGGCCUCACCAGCACCCACCCAAUUCGGCACUCCGGGCUACGAGUUCAAGCGCGGCCAAGAAUCUCAGCUCAGCGACGAGGCCAAGCAAUUGAUGGACAGUGUUCGUGGCGAAGUUGCACGAAUCAAAGCGCAAAUGAUCCUUGACAAGUCGAAGCAGGAUCAGCAAGAUCACGAAGCCGAGAACAUGCACGGCGACCGCAGGAUUGCUAAGCCCAAGGGCAAGGCUGGCCGCUUCAGUGACGUGCAUAUGGCCGAGUUCAAGAAAAUGGACUCAAUCGCGGGACAUCCUUCCUCUUUCCGGGCUGCGCCAGAUCGUUUCCAGCCCGUGACAAAGUCCUUGAAGCGUACCAAGUCGAAGGCACAGCUUGACGAGUCCGAGCCUCAGAAAUCCUCCCCAUCACGAUCUUCGGCGAAGCCAUCGACAGAAACUUUGUCUACGACCUCAACCCCUACGGCCAAGCGUGCCAAACCUAAUCCAACCGCCGACACAUCAGUCGUCCGCCCUCAGGUCGAGGCCAAGGUUUCUACGACACAAAAGCCUGCCGGCCCUCGUCCUCGGCCAAGAAUCACCAGCUCUCUCAUGACACCGACCCGGGCUUCAAUGGCGCGUUCCGGAUCCGUCAGUAUCAAGGCUCCCAAGACAUCCUUGAUCCCUUCCCUGGCACGAUCCCCCUCCACCAAGGGUCUUGCAUCUCCCCGUACUCCGCGCACUGAAUUCAAUCCGCGGUUCAAGAGCAGCUUGCCCACAUUGAACCAUCUCAAGUCUAUCCUUCGCAAGCGCCAGCCCUUGUUCUCCCGCGAUCCUGCCAAAAUUGCCGCUGGUACGCACGUAGCUGCUCCCGACUUCAACCCUGACUCGCUCUUUGGCACUCGGAAUGAGACGACUGAUUCUGCGCCAACCCCAUCGCCAAAGAAGCACGUCGAGUUCACCCCCAGUGUCAAGUCUCGUUAUGACUUGGCCCAUGCGUCGCCAUCCCGGUCCAAGAUUCCCACCACUCCCUCCCGUUCUAACCUAUCCGAUAUCGUCUAUCCUACUCUCCCUACUCUCACUCCGGACCAUAAUGCUGCUGCUUCUAGUGGAGCCCAGUCGGAUAACAUUUUGUCCCCCACAAUUCGACACGUCCGCAAGUCUAAUGCCGCCGAGGAGGGAUCUGUGUACCCCGAGCUUCCCGUUGUAGCUCAUGGUAUCGCUCAUGGAAUUGGCAACAAGAAGAGACGCCGAGACGAAGCUGACGAUGACGACCUUCCAAAUGCUGAAGAUGCCGAGAACGUUCCCCCGGCUGAUUCGCUGGCGGGUGAACGCAGCACUAAGAGGCUGAAAAAGUCGAUUCUGCCCACCCCAAGCCCUAUUAAAUCCCGACCUAUCAAAACCCCUGUUCGCUUGUCGUCGGCUCGUGUUGGUACUCCUUCAAGUGCAACCGCUAGUGCGAAGCAAAAGUCCCGCAGCGUCCUCAGCCUCAGCCGUUUGAACAUGCUCGCCAAGCCCAAGGGCCAAGCUUGA